AUGGACGACCUCCUUUCUAUGUUUGACGCCUUUGAAAGCGCAAACAAAGGCACAACUGACGUAGGCGACUAUACCAAGGGCUCGUUUUCUCCUUAUGUUGGCUCUGGUGGCUUGGAUAAUAUGGGUAUGGCGUCCAGUGUUAAGCUAGAGGAACUGGAAGGAAGCAAUAACUGUACCCAUCAUCGCUUAUACCCGUCGGAUUACCAAAAUGAAUGGACAAAGAUCACACAAAUGGCAAAGGAGUAUCCAUUUACACUUGAUGACUUCCAGAAACGCUCGAUAGAGUGUCUGGAGAACAAUGAGAGUGUUCUUGUUUGUGCACAUACUUCGGCAGGAAAGACUGUCGUUGCGGAAUAUGCCAUUGCAAUGGCCCUGAGAGAUAAACAUAGGAUCAUUUACACGAGUCCCAUAAAGGCGCUGUCUAAUCAGAAAUAUAGGAACCUAAGUGAUGAAUUUAACGAUGUAGGUCUGAUGACUGGUGAUGUUACAUUGAAUCCAAACGCCUCUGUAAUGGUCAUGACCACUGAAAUUCUCAGAAGCAUGCUUUAUAGAGGAAGUGAAGUCGUGCAGGAGAUGAACUGCGUGAUAUUUGAUGAAGUGCAUUACAUGCGUGAUCAAGAAAGAGGUGUGGUAUGGGAAGAGACCAUUAUCUUGAUUCCUCCCUCUGUAAAUUUGGUGUUUUUGAGUGCCACUAUCCCAAACUCGUUGGAGUUUGCGGAAUGGGUUUGUAGAAUAAAGAAUUCACCAUGCAAUGUGAUUAGUACUGACUAUAGACCUACUCCCUUGCAACAUUAUGUAUUUAGCCCCGGACGCUCCGGAGUAUAUUUGGUGCUUGAUGAAAAGAGAAACUUUAAAGAGACCACAUUCAUGGAGGCUGUGUGCCAAGCUGGUCCAUCUGAUGACCACAAAAAGAAGAGGAGUAGGAAUGCAAAGGACAUUGAGAGUUUAAUUGCAAUGUGCCACGAGAAACGUUUUACUCCAGUUAUCGUUUUUGCCUUUUCCAAGACAGACUGUGAGAAGAAUGCGAUUUCUGUAAGUCACAUGGAUAUGACAGAUGAUGCUGAAAAGGCUCUAAUCGACGAAAUUUACAGAAAUGCCAUGGCAACAUUGAGUGAUGAAGACAGAAACCUGCCUCAGGCUCUCUUUAUGCUUCCCCUCCUCAAAAAAGGUAUUGGUAUCCAUCACGGUGGUCUACUUCCAAUUAUAAAGGAGAUUAUUGAAAUUAUCUUCCAAGAGGGUCUCUUGAAGGUUCUAUUCAGUACAGAAACCUUUUCAAUGGGUGUUAACAUGCCAGCAAGAACAGUCGUUUUUACCAAACUAAAAAAGUGGGAUGGUAGGAAUGUUAGAUUAAUUACCUCUGGAGAAUAUAUUCAAAUGGCUGGAAGAGCUGGAAGAAGAGGUCUGGAUGAUAGGGGACUUGUUAUUAUCAUGUUGGAGGACACAAUAAAACCUGAAGAGGCUAAAAAGAUAUUUUUAGGACGUGCAGAUAAUAUGGAUAGUACAUUUCAUCUAGGUUACAACAUGUUGCUCAAUCUAAUGAGAAUUGAAGAUACAACUCCGGAAUUUAUGAUAGAGAGAUCAUUUCUACAGUUUCAGGUAGAAUCCAGAGCGAGAACCCUGGAAGCUGCAAGAAAGAAGCUCAUAAUUUCAAUACAAGAUGCAAAGAAUAAGAUUGAUCAGAAUAUUUUCCCAGAACUUGCUGCAUUCCACCUGAGCAAGAGGGAACUCUCCAAGCUUAAGGAUACAGUUUCAGACAUUAUCACCAGUGAUCCAAAGCUCUUGAACUUUUUGAAUUUUGGAAGACUUGUAAAAUUGGUCGAUAAUGAUGUAAACUGGGAUUGGGGCAUCUGUUUUGCAUCUGCAAAGCUCAAGUCUAAGCAGUCCAAGGGUGAAAAGAUGUAUGUAAUUGACUGCCUAGUCUUGUGUGAUAGGACCAGUGUAAAGGACGGAAAGGGUAUCCCUUUGCCCACAAAGGACAUAAAUGAGGGUGUUUUCACGGUGGUACCAUUUGCAGUAAAGUGCGUAAAGGAAAUUAGCCAGAUACGCAUGACAAUAAAAUCAGACUUUAGAGUAAAUUCUGAAGUCUGCCAGGCAGAAAUGAGGUCAAAGUAUCGCCAGUUGAGGGACUAUAUGUCAACCCUAGUCAAGAUACCGUUAUUGGAUCCAAUUGAGCACAUAAAGUUAGAUUCUCCCAUACUUGACGGUCUACUAAAGGAUAUAAAAGAAAAGGAAAAGAUCGUAAACAGUUCUCCGCUUACAGGAAGAAAGGACUUUUUACACAUUUUAUCGCAAUACGAGGAAUACGUAAGGUUGCAAACCGAGGAACGUGAUCUUGAAGCAGAAAUUCAAAAAUCGCAUCAAAUCGUAAUGAAAGAUGAACUGAGACGUAUGAAGGGUGUGCUGAGAGCUUUAAACUACGUGGACGAAAAUGGAAUCGUCACUAUAAAGGGGAGAAUUGCCUGUGAAAUCAACGCAACGGAUGAGCUUGUGGUUGCUGAAUUAUUCCUCCGAAACUUUUUCGAGAAUAUGCAACCAGAAUACAUUUGUGCCGCUCUCAGUUGUUUGGUCAUUGAUGAGAGAAAGGACGAGAAUCUUCCAACCGACCUCAAACUGUUGGAAGGAUUCACAAAGAUCCAGCAAGUGGCUGGUGACAUUGCCAACGUCAUGUGCGACAACGAAAUGGAUGUUAAUCCAGGUGCCUUUGUCGGCAAGUUCAAACCAUCCCUAAUGACGGUUGUCUGGAGGUGGGCCAAAGGGGACACGUUUACUGAUAUUCUCUCGGAAUCUGCAGUUUUUGAAGGCUCUGUCAUCAGAUGUAUUAGGCGUUUGGAAGAACUUCUUCGUCAGCUGGCCUGUGCCUCUAGGAAUAUUGGCAACUUGUCGAUGGAGCAGGUUUUCAUCACCUGUAUCAACAAACUCAAAAAGGGUAUUGCCUUCACAUCUUCAUUGUACCUUUAG